GCCUUCGUGAUGGAAUUGGCAGACAUCCUGGUUUUAGGAACCAGUGCCGCAAGGCGUGCCGGUUCGAGUCCGGCCGAAGGCAUAGAUUUAACGUUUAAAGUAAAGGCUAAAUUCGUAAUAUGUAUCAUAUUAAAUAUGUAUCAUAUAUAUAUAAAUAUGUAUCAUAUAUAUAUAUAA